CAGGGGCUGCGGAAGUGCCACACAUUCGCGACCUCGAGUCCAAUCCGCGCACAACGGAAAAGUAAAAGUUUAAGUAAGCAUAAAACAAAAUAUAAUAGCGGCAAAAGCGAAUGGCGCAUUAUGCUGCUAAAGUCGGCUACAAUAGCGGCAGCAGCAAUAGCAGCAGCACCAGCAGCAGCAACAUUAGCAACAGCAACAGCAAAAGCAGCAACAUCAGCACUUAAAUGCAGCAACAAGAAAAAUCAGCUGAAAACUGGCAAAUAAAACUCAACGACAGGCAAAAACUAUUAAAUCUCGCUGGAUGCCUGCGGCAAUAGUUAUUGUUAAACAACACAAGCAGCAGCAGCAGCAGCAGCAGGAGCAGCAGCAACAGAAGGAGCAGGACCAACAGCAACAUCGGCAAAAGGAGGGGAAACAAAUUUGCAAUAUAAAUUUAUGCGGAUUUUUCCGUCGCAACGGCGCCGCCGACGUCGACGUCAUCGAAACGCGUAGCCCAGGCCACGCUGCUGAUGUCGACGUCCCAGCAGCAACAUCAACGGCAACAGCAGCAGCAGCAGCAGCAGCAACAAGCAGCAGUAGCAACCCAGCAGCAAAAGUAACAACAACAAGGGCACCGGCGACGACGCGAGCAGUUAUUAUAAUAAUGGCGUUAGUUGUUAGCAUAAUACAACAACAACAACAACCCACGGAACAGCAGCAGCAGCAACAACAAUCGCUACUCUGGCCAUUCUAUAACGGUCUUGCCGCGGCGGCUGCCGCCACUGGGAAACCGGAUGACUCCAGUGAUGGCCCAACCCUGUCGACAUUCCUGUCAUCAUCACCAUCGCCAUCAGCAGCAUCAUCAUCCCCGACCAGUUUUUCAUCGUUUGCGGUGGCGAACGGGCCACAAACGGAAGCCACGAAUCACACUUUCAAGAGUUUAGCCUUCCUGGACGCGUCCUUUGGCUCCGAACUGUUUGCCCAGACAGAUACGGAAAGGGAAAGAGAGCGCGAUGGAGAUGGGGAAGCCCAGGACAUGGACUCAUCGCAGUCGCUGCCAAUUUUCGACUUUGGCAUGCCGCGCAACAUCACCGGACGCACUGGCCACACGGAGGCCAUAAUUAAAUGCCGCGUGGACAGUCUCCAUGAUAAAUCGGUAUCCUGGAUACGAAAACGUGAUCUGCAUAUCCUGACCGUCGGCACCGCCACCUACACCACGGACAAGCGAUUCCAGGUGACUGAAUCGAAGGAUUCGAGAGAGUGGACCCUCCAUGUGAAAGCCCCGCUGGCAAAGGACAGCGGCAUCUACGAGUGUCAGGUGAACACAGAGCCCAAAAUGUCCAUGGCAUUCCAGCUGAAUAUCAUAGAAAUCUCACCGGAUGCCAAGGCGGUUAUCAGUGGUCCACACGAUCUGCACUUCAAGGCUGGCAGUGCCAUAAUCCUUAACUGUUUGGUCCAACAGCCGUCGGUGAAGGAUAUUGGACCGAUUUACUGGUAUCGUGGCGAACAUAUGAUCACACCCUUUGACGCAGAUGAUGGUCCACCGGAAAUUCCAGUUGGCAGAAAGGAUCUGCCUCAAACUAUUCCCGAGGAUUCGUCCCUGAAUGACAUAAUGAGUGAGGUGGACCUGCAGAAGGAGUUUGCCACCCGCAUUGCCAUGGAAUCGCAGCUGGGCGAUACCCUGAAGUCCAGGCUCCGCAUCUCGAAUGCCCAGACCACGGACACCGGCAACUACACGUGUCAGCCAACGACGGCCAGCAGCGCCAGUGUCCUGGUCCAUGUGAUUAAUGAUGAGAAUCCCGCUGCGAUGCAGAAGAGCGGGGCGUGUCCUUGCGCCCUUGGUCCGCUCCAGCUGUUCCUUCUGCUGGCGUUGUUGUUGCGAGCGGUAUUGGCUGUUGGCAACUGAAACUGAAAGUUCUCCCCAUCAUCAUCGUCGCCGUCGUUGUUAGCACUCUAAUUGCAGCAGGACGAGAGAAUUAUGUUCCAUGACGUUGGCACUUUUUCUGUGUGCUGCUGCCUCCUGCUGGUGUUUUUUGUUUUUUUUUUUUUUUAGAAUUUUUCUGGAAUGGAAAACGGGCCAAGGGGGGAAAGAGGAAAAUGGAAAAUGGAAAAGGCAAACAAGACCGUCGCUUUCCCUUUCAGGCGAAUGUUUGUUUUCCUUUUAAUAUUUACAUUUCAUUGUGCAAAAUGAGACACUGAGCCGGGGCACGGGAAUGCAAAAUGCAGAAUGUAAAAUGCAAAGGCCAGAGGAGGAGGAAGGACUCGGGCAGGACGAAGGACCAGAAGGAUGACACUCUCUGUAAAUACCACAAAGAUGCGGCACAGCUUACAGAUAUACUUAAAUAUAUAAAAGUGUGUAUUUUAUUUCAUUACUGCGGCUUCUCCUCCACACAAAGGAGCCGCACACGCAUCGACUUUAUAAACAUUUCAUGCUGUCUUAACAGAGAGCCAAGCUAACCAAGAAAAAACAAAAAAAA